AUGAGUGAACUGGAGUUACCAAGUAAUCUUAGCGUCGAAUUCGGGGCCUACGUCCAUUUCGCAUAUUACAUCGGUAAAUAUCUAAUACAGCAGUGCCCCGAAGAAACGUGCAACGAAAAGAGGCUCGUAGAAUGGUACCUCGAUCAUUUCCGAGGCUUGCUAUCGCAGACAAACGCAAGCGCCAGUAAACUACAGAUGCUGUACAGCAAGUUAGUAAACAACCUCGUCCGUGACGAAUGCCUUACCGUCGCUGAGGAGACCCCCGAGGGGCGUAUGCUUCGGAAACAUCCUUCGUUCUUCGUUUGGGCGUGGCGUGCCCAAGCCAAGUCCCAUGAGUAUAACGUGCUAAACCUCUAA